AUGGACCGAAUAGACAAUGGAUGGAUGGACCUGAUGAAAGCUGAUGAAAGUGCGGGAAAGCGCACGCUUAGCGCGAGCGCGGGAGUCAGCGCAUGGUCAGCGCAAAGCGCAGGAGAGUCACGCCUACCUGUGGAUAGGGAUGAGGUUGAUGUAGAAAUCAGGGGAUACAAGCCUGUAGAGAUAUCACUCUCUACACCGAUCUCGAGAAGACCUGAGCGUGGUGGUACAAAGAAGACUGGUUUGGAGGUUGGCACACCAGGGAGUGGACAAUACAUUGAUCUCACUGGUGCACUGCAUGUCACUCGCUUAGAAGAACCCGUGAUUCCUUUCAACCUUGAGGUGUCAUCGUAUAAAAUAUUUGUUAUUCCUCUUUCUACUCAAAUUUGUUGCAGCUGCAUCAUGCCUCCUCGCGCUGUUGUCAGCCCCAAGAAGAAACAGGCCAAGCGCAAAGGUUUAGAGGUGUCUCAGCCUCAGCCCAAGAAGCCCCGAGCAGCAGAACCUGUCAAGGCAUCCAGCACGCCGCUCGUGUCCCUCUGUCUAGAUGCAGCGAGCACUGACAAACCUGGUAGAAGUUCCAGCUGUGCCAAUGCAGGAAUGGGAGGAAGGAAUUCUCAAUUGGAGAAGAUUGGCGCAUUGUUAGAGGCUCCGACUCAGGCCGCGCCCCCACCAUAUAGUUCAUCAGCAACUACAAGUGUUCCUGACACCUCACACGUAGACAUCAGUCCUGUGGAACCCUUACAGCCUAUUGAUCUCUUGUUCCGUCAAACUGGAGGAAGAUUUGGGUUUGCUGCUACACACGCACCUACUGUCCCUCCCGACCCAGAUCUCAGCUCAUAUACUUCUGGUGGGAGGAAAGUUGCUGGGAAGCAAGCUCACAACACUGUAACCGGCCCUUAUCUAGCUCAUUCGGUUGCACCACCAACUGGCUUUCUGGACCAGAACCUCGACCCAGCCUUGUGUGACGUUAAUGGAGUUGAGCCUCGAUCAUCCGAGGGAAAUAUUAGCAUUGACGACAAUGGUAAAGACAGCAACAACAACAACAACAACAACAACAACGAAGAAGAACAAGAACAAGAACAAGAGGACCAGGAGGAGGACCAGGAGGAGAUGAGUUGCCAGCAGUUUGGCUGGGGGGAGGUUGGUGGACGUCGCACUGAACAUCCAGUUAUAAGAUUCCCCGGGGAAGAGGACCCUUUGCAACCUCAAGUCACUCAUCCUAUUACACCGGAAUUCGAGUUUCAAUAUUCCCACGAUAAAGAUGAUGCCGUCACGCAGACCAGUGUCUCACGUACAGCUAGUCUUUCUAUGCCAUCCAUUCAGCGGUCCAACAAUUCACAGUUACCUUUCAAGAUUCCCCUAGACACCUUGCCGAUGCAGCCACAGCCGCAGGACACUCAGCCUACUCAGCUAGCAUGGUAUGGUCCGCGAUGGAAAUGUUUUCUUGAGGAUGCUGAAGGAGAAUGUUGUGUGCAACGUGCCGUGGAGAAUCCCUUCCCAGCUUUAGUUAAAGAUUUACCGUCGCCUGUAUGCGAGAUUCUUGUUUCAGUUUUAGUUGUAUGGGACCAGGAUGAGAAACAGUUUGAAGCCGGGAUCUGGCCACAACAAAAGUCUAACAUGGCUCGGCUGGUAGAGUGGGUUGAACACGCUGCUGCUGCCUUAGCCAAAGGACCGCAAUUCCUACACUUUGGAUUAGAUGAAUUUUACAACUGCGUCCUCGACGGUCUCUCCAAGAACGGCAAUGGGAAGUAUUACCCAAAGUUUACUGUAAAGGAAUACAGCUCUAUCUACUUCAAAAUGGUCACAAUGCUUCACAUCCUUCGUGAUCCAUACCAUGGUCCUAAGUUAUUGGUGCGACUGCAGGAGUGGGCCGAAGCUGGGUGGGCCGCAAGUUUGGGUGUCGACGGAGCUGCAGAAGCUCGACACGACCACCUGCAGAUUCUGUCCAAUGGUGUUUCACGUCUGAGUUUUGUGCACAAGGCAGCCACUGGAAGUGUCUUCACUGGAAGUGUGACACAGACAGGGUGGUCUGUUAAUGAAGAGAUACCAUCUGCAAUAUCUGCAUUUGAAGAUGUCGAGGAAGAUCUCCCGCUGUUGGAGAACCAGCAGGACUUACCUUAUCGUGAGGAAAGCAAUGGUACCUACUAUAUGGGUGGGAGGAAGCACAAACAAUGGUUUUGUCAGGACUCCGCACACCAUGGUUUAUUAAGAUCAUCAUGGCGAUGUCCUCCUCGUGUACGGAUCAAAAAUGUGAGGAACACCUCUGUACUUUGUCCCCUCUAUGCCUUGAAGAAAGGGGGUGCAUGGGUGGCAAUGGCAUAUACACAUGAGCCGUGGCAUGAGGCCACGGGCUGGCACUGGAGAACUCUUAAAUACAAAUACUUCCUCGAGGCGUGCUACUCGAACAAUUGA